UGACAAAGCCUGUGUGUUACGAACGUGAAAGAACGGGGCGGAUAAUAAAAAUAAGGAAGAGGUUUCGGGCCGUAUUCGUAAGCCCACACAUUUUUAACAAGGCUUUCGCGGGAGUGGUGUGUCAUUGUGGUGGGCGUUUCUAUAAGAGGUAGUUUUAUGGCCCUGGUGGUAAUCUGAGAAGCCUUCUAUACCGUGAACGUGGAAAGACACUCAAGCGAACGUGUUUAACCUUCUUUGCGGUCUUUGGAAAUAGUAAUGUGAGAGGAGGAAGUGUCAAAAAUUAUCUAACUAUCUAAAUACAGUGACAGACAAGUGAUAACGAAUAAGUGCUUGUUUGCCGGGAGUGCUUAGUGCUGUUGCCGCCGUUCCUUAACAAUCGCUUUACAUGUGUGUUGUGUGUGUUGAUGACGGUGUAUAGUGACUGUGUAUCGUUAAAGAAAAGCAGAAGAGAGCGUUAAAGAGCAGUUUGAACAAGCCCGAAACUAGCCUAACAUCGAGAGCGGAUAAGACAGAGGACGAAAUGUGAAGGAAAAUAACUUGAGUGUAAAGAAACAACUCCGGACACAGUGUAAUAUAAAACGGAAAAUAAAGAACAAGGCGCCAGUGUACUUUAGGCUCUACACUAACAUCUUAGAAAAAAAUAAUCACGAGCUUGACAUAGUGCUAAAGGAAGUAAGAAAAAAAAUACGAUCACAUGUGUAAGAUAGCCUAAUAGGAGACGACAUAUUAGUGAAAAGUAUCUCAAAAUCCCACACUGUCAACCAUUAUAAGUCUGUUGAUAUCUUUUCGUAAAUCAUAAAGAAAAGAAACACCUCCAUUGACUAGAAAGAAAAUAAGAGAGAAAAAACGGCACAUACAUUCACAAUAUCAAACCGAAAGUGAAAAACGACUAACGUAAACUGAAAACCGAAUAAGAGAGAAAAAGAAGUGGAAAGAAGUGAACAAGUAAUACAGUAUUCCAUUGUGCUACAGAGACAGGAGAACCACAUCCCACUCUCUGUAAUGCCACCAUGCCUGUAGCAACAUCCACAGAGCAACACACAGCAACACCAUGGCUCCAGAACACCCCAGACACACGCCUCUAGCACAAGGAACUGACGGGGAAGGACAGACGGAGGAGGAGAGAGCGCCCAUGACCUCUACCGUGACCCCACUGCGAGGUGACCUUCUCCCUUGCCACCAGCCAUCCGAGGGUCACUGACGACCACCAGCACCGCCUUCAGUCUUGCAGGGAAGGAGUCUGCUGAAGUAGCCACAAUUUUCCCAUUCAGGAUCUUCGUUUCCAAGCUUCUCCUCUCCUGCCUUGGGGCCGAGGAGAUGGAGGGUGGUGGCACGGGCAAGGUCUCGUCGAGGUACCGCCAUCUCAAGAGCGAGUGGGAUGCCGGGGGAGCGCUGGACGAGGAAGCCGAGCAGUCCACUGAGGCUGCCAAACAUGUGGUGCUGGAGAGGAAGGAGGCCGAGGCGCCGCGCAGGGCCAGCGGCGACGGGGUGAAGGAGAGGCAGCUGCACCCGAGCGAGUGUGAAACCAGGAGAUCCCCGUCAGACCCGCUGCGCCCCAUCAAGCUGAAGAUGAUCCCUCGCAACGUGACGAUGGGGCGCGGGGCCACCCUGCCCCUAGGUGGCUCCGUCAACACCGCCCGCUCGCCCUCCGUGCCUUGCGCCCCACUGCCCGCUGCCUCCCGCCCCACGCACACCGCCGUCAUCCACUCCGGGGGCGGCCACACUCUCAUCCGUGGCACCCCCGCCUUCCAGCAGCCGCCCACGUCCUUCGCCUCCAUGGCCCUGCGGUACGGGCGGCGGUGCAGCUCCCCACAGACGCCGCAGCUGACCGGCUGUGCCCCGUGCACCGCGGCGCCGCGCUCCGCCCAGACCUCUCCAUCGGGGCCCAGGUCGCCGCGCCUCACCUCCAGCAGCAGUGACCCCUGGAGCGCCCUCAUCAGCAAGAACCACCGCGCGCAGAGUGUGGGCGGCACCAUCCCGCCGGGGGAGAUGGACUGGCUGCCCGCCCCCUCCCCCUGCUCCAGGAAGAGUUCAUGGUCGUCGGUGUCCACGGACAACGACUCGGUGCCCUGCUGGUGAGUACCCAAACCCUUGUGUUGUUGUGCACGCUCCUGUUACUUUCUAUACUCUCAUUUCUCACCCAAAGCCACGUGACCGCCGAGCUGGGCCGAGACUUACGGUGAGACUCCCCUUGUUCCAUGUAAUCCCACAGCGCUUGUUUGUACCACGGCUCCCUUGCGUCUCCCUUAUGGCCGUGGCGAGCGCUGUUGCGGCGCCCUUUACGCCCUCGGUGGCGGCCCAUUGGUAUCCAGGCAGCCGAGGCGAGCCGCGGCGACCUGUUAAAUUCCCUUGCGGCGGUGACGAGACGCGGCGCCAACGAGGCCUAUCUGACAUUUAUGUGUUCACGUCCCUCACGCCAAAUGCGUUGCCUCGAUAUUCAUCUAUUUUUCAUUUCCGAGGUUUGGCGGCGUGGAUUGAGUUUCCGAGAAGGUUGUCGAAAAUAAUCCCACCAGACCUUUUCUUCCCCUCACCGACGCCGCCGACGCCGCCGCCGCGUCCCCGCCCGCCUAUUACAUAAUUCCAGAGAAAAAUUCGCCUUUACCUGUCCCGCCGCGGCCCAGUGGUGUCUUUCUUCAGGUGACCACGACGGAGGCUGCGGCGGAGGAGGAAGAAAUGGUGAAGGAAGAGGAGACGGACGAGGAGGAGGGAGGAGGGCCAUAUACGAGAAGGGAUGGAAGAAGAAAAAAAAGAAAAGAAAAAGAAGAAAAAAAAAGAAAUGGAAAAAGAACCAUAAAAACAUCUAUUACAAAAACGGAUGAAAAUGAAAAUACCUAAAACAGAGGAAGGAAAAGAUGAAAAGAGAAGAACAAAAAAAGAACAAGAACAAGAACAAGAACAAAAAGCAAGAACAAGAAGAAAACGUACAAUCAGAAAAAAAAAACCCCAGGAAGUAGACCAAAAAGGAAGAAGGGAACGAAAAAAUAAAAAUACUGAACCUCGGGGAGAAGACC